AUGAUUAUAACCACUGAAGUUGAGUUAUUCUCAAAUUUGAUUAAUUUACCAAAUGAACUUAUUAUGCGAAUUAUUAGCAACAUUCCAAGAUGUAUGUUGCCAGAAUUAUUGUAUUUCCAACUUGUUAGAAGGUUGGUCAUUUUAGAAAUUUUCUCAAAAGUAGAGAUCACAGGUUUUGUUGAAAGACAUUCAAGAAGUGAAUAUAAUUUAAAUUUCAAUUAUAAACCUUGUAAUUGUAAAUUUUUUAAAAUCACUUUUGAUAAUUUAAUGAAAGCUAUUGAUUUAUAUUCAAUUUAUCCUAAAUCAUUAAAUUUUCAAUAUUCUAAUGCUACAAGACGUGUUUUAGAUGGAUCAACUCAACUUUUACAACAAGCCCAAAGUAUUAGUGGUACUUUUAAUUCAAUAACUGGUUUAACACCACAAGAAUUAUCCGAUCUUUUAAUAAAUUCAAAAAUUUGGUUUGAUUCAAUUGUUUUAAUUGGAUUCAAAAUUCCAUUUCCAUUACCAUUAAUUGCAACCAAUGUUUCAUUGUUUCGUACCAGUUUACAUAACUACAUAAUUCCUGGCAUGAGAAAAUUAGAUUUGUUAUUAGAUAUUCCUAUUGAUACCCUUCGUUUGCUUAUUUUACCUAAUGAAUUGGAAGAAUUACGAAUUGAAACCGCUAAUCUUAUUUUAAUUCUUCCAUCGAGAUCUUUACGUAAAUUAACCAUUAUUACUCAUUCAACUAUGGUUUGUUUUAUUCUGAAAGAAAUGACAAAUUUACAAUAUUUAUCAAUUAAUAUGUCUAAUUUGGUUAAUAUUGAUGAUAUUGGUAUUUGUGCUCCAUUUUUACAAGAAUUACAUUUAAUUGAUUGUUUUUCUAUGACAAAUUUUGAAUUUAUAAAACAAUAUCAUCAUUUAAAACAUUUAAAUAUUAAAAAUUGUUUAUUCCCAAUUUCAUUAUUUGAAACUCCAUGGUACCCUUCAAAUUUAAUUUCUUUUAAUUAUGAUGGGAAUGAUAGAAUUCGUUCUCUGGAUGGUAGUAGUAGCAGUGGUGGUGAUGGUAAUAGUAGUCCACUGUUAAUUUUCCCACCAAAUUUAAAACAAUUAUCCAUUAGAUCAAGUUAUUAUGCUAGAAAUGAUAUAAGAAAUUUAGUUUUACCAGAAAAUUUAGAAAAAUUGGAACUUUUAAAUUUAAAUUUUAUUAAUGAAAAUUUCAAAUUUCAAGGUGAUUGUUUGCAGUAUGUACGUAUUCAUGCACCAACAAUUAUUUUCGAUAAAAAUUUCCAAAUUCCUUCAACAGUUUUAGAAUUUAUUUUAGAAGUUGAAUAUUUGACAUUUGAAAAUAUUGAUUUUAUUUAUCAAUUACCUAAAAAUCUUUUAUGUUUACAUUUGGUUGCUAAGAAACAUUGUCAUAUCAAUCCAAUUACAGAAAAAAUUAAAUGGCCUUUGAUGUUGACUAAUUUAUUUCUUUUGGGGUUUGAUAUUGAUCAGCUGAUGUUUGAAUUAAUGAAUUUGAAAGAAUCAAGUCUUGAAAAAAUCACCAUUAGAGGAGGAUGUUUGGAAAGACUUGAUGGAGAAUUAUUACCAGUGGCUGUAAAACAUUUAACGUUACUGCAAAUGGGAAUAAUUGAUGUAAUGAAUCUUUAUAAAUUAACAAAUCUUUUAAGUUUAUCUCUUUUAAAGAAUAAUUUAAAAGAUGUAGUUUAUGUAAAAUUACCAUUACAAUCUUUGCAAACGUUAAAUGUAGGCUUCUGUAAUAUUCAAUUCUUGUCAUCUUUCCUUGUAUCCUUCAAUGAAGAAAAAUUCAAAAAUGCAAUUUUAGAAGUAGAUGCUGUUGGAAAUUUUGGGGUAAAUAUCCCUGAUUUGUUACAAACAAUGCAACAAAUUAAUGGUCUAUCAGUAUUUCUUACUCAAUUGAAUGAAACAACACCACCAAUUUACCAACGUGGUUUAUAUUUUACCAAUGAUCAUUUUGAUCCAUUUGAAUCUGAAGAAAGUAGUGAAAGUGAUUUUGAUGAAGAUGAGAUGAUUGAUGAUGAAGAUGAUGAUGAGAUGAUUGAUGAUGAAGAAGAAGAUGAAGAUGAGAUGCUUCAUCAUCAAUAUGGUUGGCGGUGGUGA